CAAAGCAAACAUGAGCACAAGCCGCCGAUCAGAAGAACGUAACAACAACGAUGCUCAUCACUUCUUCAAACUCAUUCUGAUCGGCGACUCCGCCGUAGGCAAAUCCAACUUACUCUCAAGAUUCUGUCACAACAAGUUCACCCUCGAGUUCAACUCCACCGUUGGCGUUGAGUUCACCACCAAGACCCUCAUCAUCGAUGGCACCCCCAUCAUGGCUCAGAUAUGGGACGCUUCGGGUCACACCAAGGCGCGAGCCAUCACUGAUGCGUACUACCGUGGUGCACAUGGUGCACUCCUCGUGUAUGAUGUUACUAGACACAUCACGUUUGUGAACACACAGAAAUGGUUAGCUGAUUUGAGAAACCAUGCGGAUCCUAACAUGGUUGUGACGUUGGUCGGGAAUAAAUCAGAUGUUAGACAGUCUGUGAUGGUUUUAACCGAGGUUGGGAAAUCUUUUGCUGAGAAAGAAUCAUUGUACUUCGUCGAGACGUCUGCAUUGAGAGCUACACAUGUUGAAAAGGCGUUUGUUGAUCUUGUCGCCAAUAUAUAUCGAAAUCAAAUUAAUAGGAAGAAAGAUAUGGAAGCUCAUGAGACAAUGGCGCUUUCAAGAAGUGUAUCGAUAUCAAGUGGAAAUAACGAGCCAGCGCACUACAAAUUGAAGAUCGAGUCAUUCUCGCUUUUGUCUGAAGCUGGGAUUGAAGUAUAUGAAUCGGAUGUUUUUGAAGCUAGCGGAUACAAAUGGAAACUAGAAGUGUAUCCUAAUGGAAGCAAGGAAGAAUACGUGAACGAUCACAUAUCUGUCUAUCUAGUCAUAUGCGACACCAAAAACCUCGAAAAAGAAUGGGAGGUUCACGUCUACUUCAAGAUCUUGAUUUACGAUCAUAUACGCCAUAACUAUUUAACCAUCCAAGGCGGUGACGGUAAACGUACAAGGUUUCACGAGAAGAAAACCAGAUGGGGAUUUCGCAAGCUCAUAUCAUUGGAGUCAUUUACGGACGCCGAAAAUGGGUACCUUUUUGGGGAUUCAUGUGAGUUUGGAGCAGAGGUAUUUGUUGUACCAAAAUAUACACAAAGAGAUCAAUGUUUGUCCAUGAUGAAGCCUCCGGUGACCAUGAAUACUCACGUUUGGACGAUUCCUAAGUUUUCGGUCUUGAAAGAUGAACCCUUGUAUUCGGAAGAUUUCAAAGUCGGAAAAGUGAAAUGGAAAUUAUCGUUGUAUCCUAAGGGAUUCAAAACAGGAAAAAACACAAAUCUCUCAAUAUUUCUAAGACCGCAUGAUGUUGGUUCUGAUGAGUGGAAAGUGUAUGCAAAGUUCAAGAUUCGGGUCAAAAACCAGAAUGUUGCUGGCGCACACAAAAGUGAAGAAGCUGACCACUGGUUCUGCAAGACGGCCGAAGGGUGGGGAUUUCCAUGCUUUAUGCUGUUAAGUGAUGUUCAUGACCACAGAAAGGGCUUCUUGUCCAACGACACUCUAAUCGUUGAAGCACAAAUCUCGAUCGUUGGCAUCUUAAAACAUCUUGUCUAAACUAUUAUGAGCUCCAUGGAACUUCAUCUUACAUGUACCAACCAUAUUUAUUUUGCAUAAUUCAUUAUUAUUUAAAUGAUGAAAGGUUUGUUCU